GUCAAAUAUGGUUGCAGUUAUUAUGAGACCGAGAUGCCGUCCAAUUGGGGGAUCUGCAUUGUUCCCGAGAAGAAGGCUUACGUGAUCGAGAGAUUCGGCAAGUACCUCAAAACCCUAGGCGGAGGGAUUCACUUCUUGAUCCCUGCUGUUGAUAGGAUCGCCUACGUUCACGCUCUGAAGGAGGAGCUGUUCUUGAUUUCGGAUCAGUCGGUGAUUACCAACGAUAAUGUUAGCAUUCUCAUCAACGGGAAUGUUUAUGUUAAGGUCGUGGAUCCGUAUCUUGCGUCGUAUGCGGUGGAGAACCCGAUCUUUGUGGUGAAGCAGUUGGCGCAGACGACGGUGAGGAGCGAGGUGGGGAAGAUGGAGCUGGACACCUUGUUGAAGGAGAGGGCGAAACUCAACGAGAAGAUUGUGAGUGUAAUCAAUGACGCUGCUUCUGGUUGGGGUGUUGAGUGUAUUCGAUAUGAAAUAAUGGAUGUAACACCUCCACCUGGAGUAUUGACGGCUAUGAAAAUGCAAGUUGAAGCAGAAAGAAAAAAACGUGCUCAGAUUCUUGAAGCUGAAGGAGAAAAGGAAUCACACAUCAAAAGAGCUGAAGGGAAUAAACAAUCCGCAAUACUGACAGCAGAGGGAGAAAAGGAAUCUCAGAUACUGGCAGCGCAAGGAGGAAAGGAAUCCACGAUACUGUCAGCUCAAGGAGACAAGGAAUCAACGAUUUUGGCAGCACAAGGAGAGGCAAAAGCCAUCCUUGAAAAGUCACAAGCAACUGCAGAAGGACUAAAAAAAUUGUCUGAGGCCAUGAAAACAAAUGGAGGUUCUGAGGCAGCAAGUUUGACCGUUGCUCAGGAAUACAUCAAAGCAUUUGGACACAUUGCUAAAGAGGGAACUACACUAUUGCUACCGAGUGGUUCUGAAAAUUCUUCUUCCAUUAUAGCUCAGGCUCUAUCCAUAUUUAGGACGCUCAGUGGCAACAUGUCUUUUGGUGGCCCUAGUGCAAAUCCUCAAUCAGCGUUGGGCAAUAAUAACAAAACUAAUGCUUCCGAACGUCUGAAAGAACUUGAGUCUCCAACUAAAGUUGGUGAUCUGGAUCGACAGGAAGAGCUUGAAGUUCCGGACUCUGAGAUAUUAUCUGACUCGAGUGUUAGUUCUGAUCCAAAUGUAAAAGUGUUUUCUCUCCAGAGUCAAGAAAAGUAACAAAAGUAGAUCCAACUUGCAUGUACACUUACAGAAAGGUAGUACACAUUCAUUUUCCCGAAAAUUUGAUCAUACCAGACUUGCAAGAAUGCGUACUGCAUUUGUCUCAAGGGGACUUGAAAGAUUUUUGACAUUUUUAUAUGCUUCAGUUGUUAAGAAGAUGAAGCAUUCAUAGAGAUUCUUUCACGUUUGGCUUCCCUUGUUAAACGUCUGAGGCUACAUUCACCCAUAUCUCAGCCCUUUUUAAGCCUCGUUCUAUAAUCUGAGAUGAAUUCUGUAUUUUCUGUUCUUUAAAUUUGAGUUUUUUUUCUAUCUUUCGAAGACAUAUCUGAAACAGCUUCAAAAUGAGUUGCUUCUGAAACCAUCUUUGUUCAGCUUUACAGAUUAAUCUUUGUAUAAGCUGAUUGAUCGCUUGCUA